AUGCUCCGCCACUUGAUCUUUGAUGUCGUCAGCUACGGGGGCACCUCCCGCUACCGCUAUUGCCGGCGUGGCGGCGGUGAAGGAAACGUUGGUGACUUUAGCUUGGUGGCUAGCAAUGCAGAGAAGGAGGAGAGGUUAGAGAAGAGGUCGGAGAAGCUGUCGGAUCUGUUGAACGCGGCGAAGACGAAAACGGAUGCGGAGGCGGAGAGGAAAGAGGAGGCAUUGGCGGAGCUAAAGCGAGUGGUGAAGGAGUUGCGCGAAGAAGACCUCUCGAUGCGGAGAAUCGCGGCGGAGAGAGUGAGGUCGCUGGCGAAGGAAGAUGCCGGAGCGAGAGCAAAUCUCGCAAUGCUCAAAGUAAUUCCUCCUCUCCUCGAAAUGCUCGAUUCGAAAGACGGUGGACAAGGGGAAACCUUGGUUGAUCUCAUCAACAACUCUAAAUGGGCAGGGGCUGAGUUUCAUGGUGGCGGAGAUGAAGGACUUCAAGAUCUGGCUCCAGGGGACGACCGUGGGAAGGAAUGGGUGACUCGUGAUCACGACGGUGGCGUCGGAGGUGGCGUCGGAGGUGGCGUCGGAGGUGGCGUCGGAGGUAGCAUCGGAGGUGGUUGUGGUAGAGUCAAAGGGAGAGGGAGGGAGAGGAGAUGA